AUGAUUGACGAGACAUGUCGCCACCUGGCCGGCCAGUUCGUGGACAAUGGAAGGUACGAGCUCGUCUCGAUCCUUGGCGUCGGCGGCUACGGUGUCGUGUACCUCGCCGUUGACCACUGCUCAAAGUCGUCCACCACCCCUUCCCCAUGCAACACCGCCCCCUACGUCGCCGUCAAGGUCCUCGGCCGAAGAGGACUCGACGACCGGCAACGGCAUUUCCAGCGCAGGGAAGUCGCCCUCCACCAGCUUGCUUCUCCUCACCCGAAUGUUGCGUCCGUGCACAAGGUCAUUGAAAACGACAAGUACACGUUUGUCGUCAUGGACUAUUGUCCCGGCGGCGACCUGUUUUCGAUGAUCACAGACAAGCAGCGCUACGUCGGUGACAACAAGCUCGUGCAGUCGGUCUUCCUCCAGAUCAUCGACGCUGUCGCCUACUGUCACAGUCUCGGGAUCUACCACCGGGAUCUCAAGCCCGAGAACAUCCUCUGCUCUGCCGAUGGCACGCAAGUCUGGAUCGCCGACUUUGGUCUCGCCACGACUGAGAAGCAGUCGCGUGAUUACGGAUGUGGAUCUACCUUCUACAUUUCCCCCGAGUGCCAGGGUGGUCUCUUCACCCCCGUCGAGUCGUACUCGACCGUCCAGGCGGACCUCUGGUCGCUCGGCGUCGUGCUCGUGAACCUCGCAUGCGGCCGAAACCCCUGGCGUCAGGCCUGUGCCGACGACGACACGUUCCGCGCUUAUCUCGAAGACCCGACAAUCCUCGAGGCCAUCCUUCCUCUGUCUUCGUCGGCUAGCUCGAUCCUCGCCCUCCUCUUCGCCCAGGACCCGGCCACGCGCCUCACACUGGAGGAGCUUCGUGCCAUGGUCAUCAGGACCCGCACCUACACAACUCUGCGCCCGGCACGCUCGAUGGCGCUCGUCUCGCCCUACCCCUCCCCGACGCCUUCGUUCGCUCCGUCGACGUACUCUUCCCCGAGCCACUCGCCCCUGCCCUCGCCCGUGUCGUCGCCCCAGGCCUACGCCGACGAGGCGGCUGCCGCUGCCAGCGCCAAGUUCCAGUCGUGGUCGUACGUCCAGUGCCCCUACGGCUCUGGCUCCGACUCGAUGCCCGUCACGCCCACGACCCCGAACUCGCCCCAAUCGGUCGGCACUCCCGGCCUCAUCCCUUCGGGAAUCGGCCGCAGCUCUUCGGCGUCUUCGGGCUCGCUGCCGCCGACGCCGCCGCUGGACGCCCAGUUCGGCCCCCAGAUCGUGCCCCAGAUCGCGUUCCGCACCGCGAACGCAAAGCCGAUCAAGCUGUCGCAGCCCCCCAAGAAGUUCAAGACCCGGUACGAGGAGCGCGAGUACCACGUCCCCGCCGCCGUCGUCGGCUACAGCUACGAGUCCAACUUUGCCGUGUGA